UUUUUUUAUCUAUUCUUUGUUACAUGGGUCACUUAAUCAUUUGGCAUUUAACAUAAGUUUUUAUCUAUGAACAUAACCUACACAAAUCUGACGUUCUUUGACGCGUUCAAGUGUAAUAUAAAAGUCAAAUGAUGUUUUCAAAAACACUCAAGAAUCUGGCUGUUUUAAAAGCCAAAUAAAUGAAAAGUACCUUAAAGUAUAUUAACAUUCUACAAUGUAUUUUCCAAUCGGUUGGCCCAAAGUGAUCCAUACCCCAGAAUUGGGUCAGUGGACGCUGCGGCAGGUAACCUGCAACAGAGACAGGAUUUUGGUAGCGAUUUUGACUGACGAUGCCUUAGCUAUUUGGUUUUGCAAGCCCUGUGUACCAAUCGUUUUUCAUCGAAGAAACACGCAGUCUUUGGAAAAGUUUGGUACAAACAUCACAGCUGAGUGGAAGCCCGAUUCAGAGAAAAUUGUCAUUGCUACUUCCGAAGGGCACUUAUUAUUCUACAAAUUAAAUGUAUUAGUUAAUCAAAAGGGUUUAUAUGUUCAAACUGAUUCACCUCAUGCAAAUCUAAGAAGGGAUAGUGCUGAACUUUUUAUCAAAGAGACCAUUCCACCACUCUCUUUAUCUGUGAGUGAAGAAGUAAUGAUUUGGGAUGGUAAAAUCUCAGAAAUAGUUUGUGUCACAAUGACAGAGAUUAUGUUGGCAACCACAGAAGGGCAUGUUUUGAGAUAUAAAUGGGACGGAAUGGAAAAUAGGGAUUAUACCCUUGAUCUAAGGAGGAUUCCGUUUUGUAUUAAUCAGCAAGUGUCUAAAGCAAUACCAAUAGUAGAAGAAAAUACUUACAUAACAGCCAUGGAAUAUUCUCCGUUGGUCGGUGGCUUCUCAGUAGUGCUAAAUGAUGGAAGAGCUGCUUUUUUAACAGCAUCAAAUUUGAAAUUUGAUCCGAAUCAAGUACAAGGGAUAUGGGCUCAAAAUAUUGAAGAUGCAACUUGCACCGCUAUAAAUCAUAAAUUCAGAUUAAUUACAUUUGGUAGAGCCAACUCAGAAUGUGUAAUAUAUUAUGUAGAUGACAGUACAGGAGGGCUAGAAAUUUCCCAUAGUUGCAUUCUAAGCAGCAAGGACUAUCCUGGUUGUCCGGGGCCGAUAGGAAAAGUAUUGUGGACUCCUGAUGGCUGUGCCUUAAUAGCCUCGUGGGCUCAGGGUGGUAUAGCAGUGUGGUCUACGUUUGGAGCCUUGCUGAUGUGUUCUCUUGGCUGGGAUUAUGGCUUGAAUAUUGAAAUACACAAAUUUAAUCCCCUACAGAUUAUUUCCAUGGAUUUUGCAACAGAAGGUUACCAGUUGUGGAUGGUUAGAAAAGUUCACAAUUCGGUGCACAGUGAUGAAUCAUUAUACCAAAAUAGUGAUAAUACAACUUGUUUGUUGCAAAUGGAUUUUGUCAAAAGUGCUUUGACCAUAAAUCCUUGCAUGAGUCACCAGAGCCAUCUUUACCUUCAAGGAGAAGAUAAACUGUACAUCAACUCUGCAGACACAUUGAUAAAAAUUUUCUCAGAAAAGACUACCAAAGAAGACGGUAUGUUUGGUGAAAAUGGGUCUUUAACUAGUACUCUAGCGGAAGGAAGGCAGUGGUUUGUUAUACCCAUUCCCUCCACAUAUUCUGCUACAAACUGGCCUAUAAGGUAUUCUGCUAUAGAUUCCAAAGGUCAAAACAUAGCUAUAGCUGGGCGAACAGGUUUGGCCCAUUACUCCAUGCAAACGAGGCGAUGGAAAUUGUUUGGUAAUGAAACUCAAGAAAAAGAUUUUAUUGUGGCUGGUGGUCUGCUCUGGUGGAGGGACUACAUAAUUUUGGGCUGUUACAGCAUUGUAGACAACUCUGACGAGUUCAGGUUCUACUCCAAAGAAUCAAAACUAGACAAUAAAUUCGCAAAGAUCAUUUCAGUUGACUCACCCAUUUUACUCAUUAAUAAUUUGGAUGACCUGUUGGUAACAUUUGCGGCCAACGCACUGGUUUCAAUAUGGCGCCUGGAACAAAUUGAUACAGUUGGAGAUGUAGAAAUAGCUAAAAUGCAGUCCAUAGAUGUUUCCGCUUUAGCUGUGCACCCCUCGUGUAUAACUUUUGUCACAUUAACGGCUUUGCGCACAGAGACGGGAAGUAAGAGUGGCAGUCAUAAGUGUUCCGAGAGUAUGGUCCUAAAUGUUAGUGGGCGAUUGUAUAUGGUGCAAAGGGAGCUCAGGAAUGGGGAGAAAUAUGCUUGCUUAAUGCCGAACGUACUUGCCAGUUGUGUGGAGAACGUGUGGGUGCCUUCCAGGAGGCACGCUGAUAAAGUCCAUUUGACAGAAGCUUUAUGGCUAUUUUGUGGAGCCCACGGCAUGAGAGUUUGGCUGCCUUUAUAUCCCGGAGACGGCGAGAAGCCUCAUAGUUUUAUGUCGAAAAGAAUUAUGCUGCCUUUCCACUUAAAGAUAUAUCCGCUAGCAAUACUCUUUGAAGACGCCAUUAUCCUAGGAGCUGAAAAUGACACUGUACUAUACACAUCCGAUAUAAAUUCGCCCUUCUCUUUACCAUUUAGUAUAUUACAAAGAACUAGUCAAGUUUAUUUACAUCAGGUUUUAAGGCAAUUGAUACGUCGAAAUUUGGGUUACCACGCUUGGGAGAUCGCCAAAAGCUGUAUGAGCUUGCCUUAUUUUCCGCAUUCACUCGAACUUUUACUGCACGAGGUGCUUGAAGAGGAAGCUACUAGUAAGGAGCCUAUACCGGACGCCCAGCUCCCAAGCGUUAUCGAUUUUAUCAUGGAGUUCUCCGUCUAUCUCCAAACCGUGGUUCAGUGCGCUAGGAAGACGGAGAUAGCCUUGUGGCCUUAUUUGUUUUCUGCGGCCGGCAAACCUAAGGAUUUGUUUCAAGAGUGCAUGGCUAAAGGGCAGUUGGACACUGCAGCAUCUUACCUCAUUAUUUUACAGAACCUGGAGACUUCAUCGGUUAGCAGGCAAUACGCGACUCUACUGUUGAAUACUGCUCUGGAUCAGUCCAAAUGGGAACUGGCAAAAGAUCUGGUUAGAUUUCUUAGAGCUAUAGAUCCGAACGAUAUAGAAUCGCCGCGCACUUCAUUCAUACUCCCAAAUAAGUUAAGCCUCGCUCCACAAACGCCCCCUGUAGCCCCGAACGCCGAAGAUAUCUCGCUGGUUUUAGGGAAAGUUCAGGGACCCCGCGUCAGGUCAUAUAGUACAACGAUCUCGCCUAAAAUUUUAGAGAAGUCUAACAACAACGUGGGUAUAAUGACCGUAGUGCCAGAAUCUCCCAACACCAAUAGAAAAAAGUCAAUGCCUAACUGUAUACAGGGCGAAAAAGUAGAUCAAAAGCACGUCCCAAAUAACUCUGCCGAAGAAUUCUUCAUAGAUGUCAUUUUGCAAAAACAAGCGCGGCGGUUGUUGUCAGCCCGGCGCCUCAUGGAUUUGGGCUACUUUGCCGCGCAUUUGGACUUCCAUUUGGUCGCCUGGCUCGGCAAGGAACGCGAGAGGGCCGCGAGGGUGGACGAUUUUGUGCAGGCACUGAAACACUUGCAUGAAGAGUUUGAUUGGCCAUAUCCUACACCUUCUGCGCUUAUGAAUUUGGAAACCGAAAGUGCAAUUUUAGCACCCCAGAGUCCGUUGGUGGCGCCUACCGAGAACGUAUUAGAAGAUCAGCUGCGGUCGCUAAAAUUAGACGUUAAUCUUGCGUCUUCUAGCCGAGUGGGAGACAGCGGUUAUAUGAGCUUUCAAGGGAUCCCUUAUACCGGCUUGGUGAGCCCUGUUAAUACUCUCGAGCAGUCUAGUCAGAUAGCCGACGAGGUGGAUAUGGAUUUGUUAAAUUCGAAGCAUGUAAAUUUGAGUCCACAGAGGAAGAAGCUGUCCUUUUUCUUUAGCGGCGAACGUAGUAAUAGUUUCAGUGCUAACCUAAAUUUGGGGUUACCUUCAACCGCUCUGCAAACAAAAUCCUUCGACGACUCGAUGAUGAGCACGGUCAGUUCGACGUGGGGCGACGAUCGUGAAUUGCUAAGCAGUCCGACUACCGAAAACUGGGAGGUUCCGUCCACUCACAUUCUCGAGCAAUUAUCAAACUCCGACAAUAGAGGCUCCCAUAGAUCUGAAAUUCAGCUGAGAUAUCUGUUACAACUGUUCAUGGAGGCCAGUUGUUUGGAGUGGUCUUUAUUGAUCGCGCUCCUUUUGAGAGACGCGUUGGCAGUUCUGAGGACCGUGAACGCGGCGAAAUCGCAAGAUCAGUCCAUUGAAAGUGUGUCCAGACUAACGCAGGGGCUUUUAUUAUUGAAUUAUUGGACGACCACCGAAUGUUUGGGCUACAAAGCGUUCAUGUUGGCGAUACAAAACCAAAUAUCUGUCCUCACCCGUAUACUGGAAACCAAAAUUCAGCAUCAACAGAUUAUCGAGUAUCAGCAAGCAGUGUCUGCCACUUUGAACAAGGUCAGUUUGAAGAGUCCAAGGUCGCGCACUACCAGUCAAAGCCAAGAAGUGACCGCCAGCCAAGUCAACUCAACAGCAAAGAGUAAAAAAAGCUUGACGGGCAGCAAAGAUAGCAUUGGCGAGAAACACUCUGACAGGAAGAUCAGCCAAGUUAGUGUUAAGUCGACGGGAAGUGUUUCAGAAAACAAUUCAGUUAUUCCAGAAAGUACUGGUUGUGUUUUAUCGUAAGGUCAGUUACCAAUUGCUUUUCUUAUUAUUUCGUUGUACAAAAUGGUGUCAAUUUUUAAAAACGUCCAGUUGUUAAGUGAGAGAAUAGUAUUGAGAGGUUAUGUAUACGAGUUUAUAUUUUAUAAGAAUGAAUUUGUGGUACGUUUCAGAUUUUAAAACUUUGGCCUGUCACUUAUACUCGCUGAAAAUAUGUUAUGCUUAUUGGUGGGGAAUUCUGCUACCUUUAAUUGCCUACAAAUGGGAUGUGUGAUUCUGCUGUGCCGAAAUUGUGGGUUGCAGGAAGCGGUUUUAACAUUUUGCCACUAAAACUGUUGAUGCUUUGAUCAUUUUGCACAGUUAAGUUUCUUUGAAGUUAAAAUAGUUUGCUGCAUGGGUUUCGUAAUCAAAAAAGUUUAAAUUGAUUUAAAACCUUUUCAUUUAGUGACUAGGUGUUUAUAAAUAUACAGUUUCACAUGAAAUGAUACUAACAUCAAAUUUUCCAGAAUAAUAUGGUUGCCUCACUUUCUAUAAGUCUAUUGCCCGCUUCAUUAAUAACUACUAACUAUCGAAUUGAGAUGUUUAUAUUAAAAAUAAAAUGUUAAAUAUCAUAAUUGUUACUGCAAUAUGAAUUGGUUUGCUUGAAGGUGGUAGACACUAAUUCAAUAGAAAUACUAAAAGGAUGUCGAACUUCCAUUGUCUUUAUUUUUAACUUAC